AUGUCUGUGACGUUGGGAGCUCUGAUAGAUCGGCACAGAUGGAUUGGGGUCAUUGGACACCUUCCUCCUCCGGUCUUGAAGGUGACCAAUUCACGAACCCACUCUGGCCAACGUCUCUCUCGAGUUCAAAGUUCAGAUGCCAAAGAAUGCACCCAUCCACAAGUUGACCCAAGUUUUACUCCAAUCCCAUCCAUUCUCGGUGAAGCGAAUUGGUCUCGCGUCAUACAAGACAACCACAUACCCUCUUUUCGUUCAACUACACCUUUUCACAAUCCAGUUAAAGCCCUCAUUCCAUUCGGAUUGCAGUUGUGCACUCAUUUAGUCUCAUCCAGCAUAAUUUCGUCCAAAUGUAUUCUCCAUUAUCGGUACAUUUUGAUGUGGAUCUCAAGUUAUUUAUGUGACCCUUCCUCCCUUUGA